GAUGGCCAGAUCUACCUCACAGCGACUGAGUUGUAUGUUGACCUACAAGGCUUUGAGGAGCACAUGGAAGCAUGCGAGGACUUGUUUCCAUUGGCCGAGAAAGCGCGAACGAUCCUGGGAGUUGACAUGCAUGGCUCCUCGCAGACCAUGAGCAAGUGCGAGAUCUAUACGCACAUGUUUCCCGUGCGGCGCUUCAGCACCUGUUUUUGGCAGCAUGGACAGCGCGUGAGCUUCGAAGGACAGAGCAAAGCUGGACGAGAAGUUCGAAGCGAAGCAUGGGAAGGCAUUCUUGAGCAGCUGCCUGCCCCGUUGUCAGCUCAAGAAGGUUUGCACCUGGCGCGCCUUUGACAUUUGAUGCAUCGCAAUGUGGCUGAUGUUCAGGAAGGCUAAAUCGACCGAUGAUACAAUGAAUUCAUGUUGUUCUCUAUGAUCACAGCUCCUAUUUCAGCAGUGUAAUUACAGUGAAACAUCAUGGACACAACCAAGAUAGAAAGGGACAGGGAUAUCGCUGACAUAGUUGUUGGCGAUAUUUGCGCUAGUUUGACUGGUGUCCAGGUCGUUGAUGAAAAUGGUUUGGCUGCCACAGUCAAGCCUCCAAGUCUCCAUCGCGCAGUCAUGGUGGUGCACGUCGCAUUGAAAGCCAGCCAUCAAGAGGCCUGCAAGGGCCUUAGUCUGAAAAGCCUUUGCUAGGCCUUCUGCACCAAAAAAGAACUGUGCCCAAAAGCAGGCGGAAAGGGACGCCAAUUUCGAGACCCACUGAAAGACAUCACUGACAAUGCCGAGCGGCAGCAUGGUAGAUGCCACACAACAGCUUGGAACCCAGUCACCGCAUGGCCUCUAAACAAAGGUGGCCGAAAGGGUCACCAGAUGGCAGUGUCGAGACUCGAGACCACUGAAUAAUCAGCUGGGAAGCCAUGGCAGCAGAAGUGACCCAUGGAAAGCCCUCCGCCAAGCCCUAAACGACAAACCAGCCACCAUAGGGCCUCGCCAGGGCCUUAGCUCAUCUAUAUAGUUCGAGGGCAAAGCGGCCCAAAGGGUACCAGACGCCGAUUUUGAAGCUCACUGCGGAAAACCCUUCAUCACAGCUUUCAAGUGGCAAGCCUCGGUAUCACAGGAACUUGUUCCUAGUAGCUUAUUGUGUCUAAUGGCUCUUUUUGUUUCAGGGUUGACUUUGGCUUUCGCAUGAUCCAAGGCUUCGCUGCAGCGUUGCUUGCAUCGCCGCGUGCCUUGCCCGAUAGUGCCACAAACACAUUCUCUAUCAAGAGUAUUGCCAAAGCAGCUGCCGAAGCAUAUACCACCACACGCUGCGGACCUUGAUGCGUUGGCAGGGACAACAAACCGUUCUGUCCUUUAACCUGACGUUUAGUGGCCAGAGAUGAUCGUUUGGGCACGACGUGAGUUUAUGGCUACACAUGAGCGUCGUUCAAA